AUGGACGGACCCCGACCUCUUUCCGAGGUAUCUCGUCUGGGCCUUCCCGUCUUCAGGAUGCGGCCUCCAGGGGCCUACUCUAGGCUGGCCAGGUUCGCCAGGUCCGGGGAACAAGGGCAGAAGGGCAGUUUGUCGAGGGCAGUCUCCUGUGGAGCGGAGGCGACGAGUAUUUGUUUGCUAGGCGAGGGAAGUGACGACUACGCGUACGCUGCGAACCAAGAUCGCCAGCAGUACGGUAGACAGGCUCGCAGCUCGCAGUUCGUCUCCCCCAUCCAUCGACAAGACGCAUUCACGCCGCCUCAAUCACGACACACAGCGUGCUCGCCUCGCCUACCACGACCCCCUCCUCCCACAUUCAGGCGGCAGCGGCUCUGCGAUCGACCGGCUUCCCUCGUCCGCACUACCCAAGCUGGUCACCACUCUGCCCUCGACCCUCCCCAUCGUCCAGAGUGCGUCGCAACAGACCCUCAUCGUGAGCGCGGCACCCACCCUCGACCGCGCCUUCCUCACCACCGCCGCUCGCACCACCCGCACCCGCUGCGUCGCACGCUCUUGCCCUUUCUACCCACUACGCCGCAUCUCCUCAGGCAUAGGCGCAUCGCCGGCCCAGUCGCUCCUUCCCCCAGGCGCUUAGUAGAGGAUCUGGUAUUCUCGCUCCAAUUCACCACGCCAGCGCCCCUCCCCACUGCUAUUGGCACCCAGUGUACGGGCACCUGUCACCUGUCAACCGUUACCUGCUUGACCAUGUGCACUCUACCACCAAUCUUCGAGUCGGGAAACAGCUUCUCAACCUGUCUUCAGCCUCCAUUCCCCACUCCCCCGUCCCGCAGCCCUCGUUUCGAAACACAUGCGCCUGCCAUGUCUGCCUCGCCCACAAUAUCCCAUGAUGCUGACACUCCGACUCUGAAAAGGGCUUUCUCUACACCUAAUUCUUCUUUCCCUUCUAAGAAACUCGAGCAGUCCUUCACCCACUGCACUGCACCACCCUUCAACCCACCACGACCUCCACGUUGGCCCAGUACCACCCGCAACCACUGCCCACGCUUGGCAACGCACACAAGUCCCAGCAUGGUUCAGACGAGCGCGCGCUCAUUCAUGCCCAUGCCAUCAUUCGGCGCCGUAUUUGGAGGAGAUCACCACAGCAAGGGCCAAAAUGGCGGGAAUGUAGCACGCCCUGCCACGAGCCCCAACACCAACUCGGGCACACCCUUCUCCUCCUUCCACAUCCACAGCGAAAGUCGCGACAGCACAUCGACGGGCUCUUCCGACAACUCCCCGACCACAACCAUAUCAACCAUGGACUCGUCCUCGGUGACAGACCCCUCUCCAGGCGUGUCUCCCGAAUCGCCCCUCGCAAAGACAAUUACGCCCUCGUCUUUCGUUGCCGACUUCAGGUCUAGACGAGCAGAAGCGCCUGUCGGGGAACCGUCAGCCGGCCCAUUCUUCGAAUUGCAGCGUCCCACAACACCCGCAAAGAAGCCUCGGAAUCUCAAGAACCUUGGUAUCAACACAGCGUCUUCGCUCAGCAACUUGCGCGCACACACUCCAGCUCCCAUAGCAGUAGCUCCUAAAGAGAAGAACAGCUCGGCACCGCCAUCACCACUGUUUAUCAAACCGCCGACACCGCCGAAGCGCCGACCGUCCAACUUGAGCUUAACCAUUUCUACGCCUGGUAGCAACGAGAGCAAGCCAGUACGAUUGCUCAUACCCUCAACUCCGUCCUUCAAUCGUCCGCCGCUUCGCCACUUCCAGUCAUCUCCUUCGCUACCAUUAUGUUCACCAAGUACGAAUCCAAUGGGUGGUAUGCAGUUGCCUCCCCUACGACCUGUUGCACCCAAGCAAAGUGGCCUCAGCGAAGUCCCUUUUGAAAUGGAAGAGGAAGAGGACCAGGAACCGAACUUCGAUGUUCCCCAGUCGCGAGAGGAAAAGCCGGCUGCCUAUCCCAACGGCCCCAUCUGCAUCUAUGAGUCUGGCGUGUUCCUCUACUUCGAGCCAACCGCUAUCCAGGCCACCACUUUCGAUGUCAUAAUCAACGUCGCGAGCGAAGUAAAGAACCCAUUCACUACGCCAACGGUGGAAUCACAAAAAGACAUUGAUGCCAGGCGCAUAGAUGGCCCACCGGCGGAGAAUGUCGAUUUUGCUACCCUUUCACAGCGACCAAAGCAAUCGUUUGGUAUGGAAGAUGGCUCGCCAACCACACCCAAAGCCACCCCGGUCAUGCAAACCAUACAGCCGCGCGAGGUUGUGAUCGAGGGCAAGACAUACAAGACACCAGAGUACAUCCAUAUGCCCUGGGAGCACAACACAGACAUCGUUCCCGACCUUCACAAAUUGGUCAGGAUGAUAGACGAGAGGGUUCAGCGUGGAAAGCGUGUACUCAUCCAUUGCCAGUGUGGUGUCAGUCGUUCUGCCAGUUUGAUCGUCGCCUACGGCUUGUACAAGGACCCGCAGAUGAGUGUGCAAGAAGCGUACGACAAGGCGAAGAAGCGAAGCAAGUGGAUCGGGCCGAACAUGAACCUCAUCAUGCAACUGCAGGAGUUCCGCAACAGCUUGUUAAGACAGAACGAAAGCCGCUCAUAUCACAACCAAGGAUAUGGACGCCGAUCCGCCGGCCUUCCUUCUACCCGCUCCACGGGAAACAACAAGUACUCUUCGUACGAUAGGGAUUCAGGUUCGGGAUCGCGCACUCCACGAACAGCACCGCUUCCACCCGACAGCGACAUUAGCAUGCAGCGGGCCAGCACAGGCAAUAUGAUGGCUAUAUCUCCCGGUCCCCUAUCGGCACCUACUGGAGCCUUCUCAGCCUGUUUCCGUCGGUCCUGGGACUCAAGCCCAGCGCAUUUUGAUGUCCCCUCUGAGCCCUCUCCGACAACGACGACGACACCGUACGUUGAUCCUACGGGUCACGUUGUGCCCGUGGUCUCGAUAAACAGCGACGACCUGCCGACCAUUCAGACUCAAGACGUUUCCGACAGCGAAGAAUCUUCCGAGCCUACUCUCAAACUUGCCUCUGUGCCCAACUUCUCACGUCAACUUCCAUUACGGUUGGGCCUGAGCAACGAUGAGGGCGAUUCAUUCGGAGCAGGAGAGAGACAUCUAGCGCCUCUGCAACCAUCAGGAUUUGAGCCACUUCGAUCUCCAGCUGUGGCGAGUUUCAACAUACCUUCCUUUAGCUCCUACGAUGCAUCCGAUUCCGAGGUCAUGUCGCCAAUCAAGACUUCGUUUGACAACCCAUGGCCGGCAGGCUAUGAUCUGGAUAACGAACCUUCCGCGCCUGAGAUUACUUCGCCAGUCGCUACACAAUUUCCCAAGGAUAUCUUUGGUCGCACAGACGCAAGCCUAGAAGAUGACCUGAAGUCGCCACGUGCCACAGAAUUCCACAUGACUCCACUAAAGCCGAGGGUAGCAGAUGAGGAUCCAUUUGGCUUGACAUCGCCGACAAGAGCAGACUUCAAUCCAUUCGACAGGCCUAGCAUAGCGGCUAUCAAGGACUCUGAAGCUGAGGAUCGCCGGCCGUCAUUCCAAGCCAUCCUACCGCCUGCACAUCAGACUUUCAACGGCUUUGCAUCGCUGGACGGUACGGCGCAAACGAACCCCAUGUUCCAGGCCCCCAGCUUGCUUUCCAUGUCCUUCCCAAAACAUAGCCAAGACGCCGGACCACGCAUCGACAGCCUUAGCAAUUCACCCGAAAAACAAGCCUUGACCCCUAUCGACCCGGCUGAACCUGUUCCUGUAGCGUUCCCCAAGGCGCCGGAUACGCCCCGAUCGCCUAGCCAAACAUUCCUUUCAACUCCCGCCAAGGCCAUUCGCACUAGGUUCUCAUCACCGAACAUGCGCGAACAACGAAAGUUACACAAGCUACAAACGGAGAUUCAGUCAAAGCUGCCGAAACCUUCUGCUCCUCAACAUGCUGCUGAUGACAUCGACGCUCUCAUGUCACCGCGUGCCGAGGAGUUCACAAGGAAUCCCUUCCAUUUCGAACUGCAGUCCUCUGGCGACGACACGAGUCCGGUAUCUUCCAAUGAGACGAUCAAGGACGGACGAAACGGCCACACCGCAUGGGAAGAACCACCACCCCGGCAAUGGACGCCUGAAAAGGCCACCGUUGACCCCCGAAGCCCUGUCCAAACUGGCAGUAACCCCAUUGUUCGCAACAUCUGGGACGUACUGUGA